CAAAAAGCUGUUUUAAAUACGACUGUUUCCACUUUGUUUCCACCCGUAGAAGACGUAUUUGGUCGCUAGUUCCUGCUUAUGUGACAGCGAGCACGUCGUGGUUUGAUCCCAGCUAGCUCAGUUCAGCACGUCAAAGCGGCGCUAAGUCGAUGCUAGCACGUCCUCCGGAGUUCGGAGAGGAUUUUGCAACGACGUCUGCUGUCUAAUGUUGGAGGUUAAGUAGCUGCUUGGAGGAACCUAAAAACAGCCUCACAAUGCUUCUCCAAAGGCGAGCCGUCUUUGCCCUUGGCCUCCGCAUGUGCUCCACUCAUGUGACGAAAGGACCGCUGACUGACGCAGCCAGACCCAGCUCAGACGUGUCUGAAUUCCGCGAGGCCUUUGCCAAAGCCAAGCACAUAGCGAUCAUCACGGGGGCAGGUGUGUGCGCAGAGAGCGGAGUACCGACGUUCAGGGGAGAACACGAGAAGUGGAGGAAGUGGCAAUCACAGGACAUGGCAACUCCGGAGGCCUUCUCUCGCAACCCGUCCCGGGUCUGGGAGUUCUACCAUUACAGAAGGGAGCUGGUGUUGAACAAGAAGCCCAGCGCCGCCCACGUGGCCAUAGCAGAGUGUGAGGCCCGGCUGAGGAAGCAGGACCGCUCUGUGGUCGUCAUCACCCAGUGCAUAGACGACCUGCACCGGCAGGCCGGGUCCAAAAACGUGCUGAAGAUUCACGGUAAUCUGAUGGAGACGCGCUGUGUGAGCUGUGGGGAAGUGAGCGUGAACAGGCGAAGCCCCAUAUGUGCGGCCUUAAAGGGCAAAGGUGCACCUGGCCCAGAUGUUGCUGACGCCGAGAUUCCUGUGGAUAAACUACCGAGGUGUGAUGAAAGAGACUGCCGCGGCCUGUUGAGGCCCAAUGUGGUGUUUUUCGGGGAGACUCUGGACUCUCACAUCCUGACCCAGGUGGAAAAAGAAAUGGAAAUCUGCGAUCUCUGCCUGGUGGUGGGCACGUCUUCCAUUGUGUACCCAGCGGCCAUGUUCGGGCCCCGGGUGGCCUCCAGAGGCGUUCCAGUGGCAGAGUUUAACAUGAGCACAACACCAAAAACGGAAUAUUUCACGUACCAUUUCCAGGGUCCGUGUGGAACAACGCUGCCUGCAGCUUUGGCGCGACACGAGUCAGAAGUUUUCUAAGAGCAACCAGACUGACUUUUUUUUUUCUUUUCUUUUUUUUUUUUUUUGCAACAAUCAGUAGCUUCUUUCAGUCUAAUGCAGUCCAAAGUUGUGGGAUUUCACAGCAGUUUCCCAAAUCUUUGUCUUAGAGUGUUAAUGCUUGGUAGAGGGAGACCUGUAAAUAAUAAACUUCUGAGAUGGAUCUCUUAAUACUUGAAAAUGUAGAUAACUAACUGGAAUCAGAUCAGAGGAGGAGGAGGAGUAAAUAUAUUGCUUGAGAACUAUGCAGCUUGAGAAGAGAAAGGGAAAGCGCUACGUAUGUGGUUCUUCGCAUAGGAAAGUGUCUCCCUAGAUGUAUCAGGGUAUCGAUUCGUAGCGUACGCCGGUGGAGGAUUGUUGUUGUAUUUUCGACAUGCUGUGCUCUAAAACGAUGCUGUAGAACAGAACAUAACUUCUGGUGCCAAUGGAAAACAUUCCUCUUUUCUUCUUCCACCAAAUGAGCAGAUGUACAGAGCGUACCAUAAUCAUGUGCCUUUUCCAGAACUGUUUACACAUCCUUGACUAAACGCUCGCUUUAAACCUCAAGCACAGAUCGACCGACGUUACAGAGAUUUGGUCGAGUGUGUUCAGAGGUUGCUGUCGACCAAGGACGGAGAGAAAUUCAAAUUCUCACACUGUGUUUAUUCUGACAUUGUUCUAGAGACAUUGGGUCCAUUUUUUUUAUACUUGUCAGUGUCCGUUCAAUCCAAAAAAAAGCAAAACCUCAACAUGGAAGCUGUCUAAAUCUACAGCAAUUGUUUAAAAAUCCUGCUUCUCUGUCCACAAAUAUUACGCACAAUUUUGUAUAGUGUGUUCUUUUGAUUCUUGCAAUGCAUUUAUACAGAACAUAAUCAUUAAAACACUAAAUGGACAUUUGA